AUGCAUCAACAUCUUGUAUGUGUCGAGUGCGGCUCCUCAGUGGAAAAGCUGGUGCGUGACUACGGCAAAGGGAACUUACGUUUGUCCAUUUGCAGUGCAUGUAACUCAGUUGUGGACAAAUAUGUUGAGUACGAGACGAUUUUGCUCUUUCUUGAUGUGCUGCUUCUUAAGCCUCAAGUGUAUCGACAUGUGCUGUAUAACCUGCCUGCACCAAUUUCGACUCGUACAAUACUUAAGUUAUUUGUGAUACUUGCAAUGUUGGAUAUGAACAUCAAGGCUUAUUUGGUGGACCGAAAUGCUGGUGUAACUUUCCGCUUAGAGUCCAUGUACAGAAUUUCUGAUACUACAACGUCUGGAAUACAAGUCGGACUAUAUUUGUUGUGUCUUGCAUUACUGGAGAACGUCGUGUACUUUGUGAGUAUCUUUUGCACCAUCUGGAUUGACCCAUUGCACCGCAAUUGGCGGGAUAAAAUUCUACUCAGUGAAGAAAGUGAAACGAUUGACGCAGCAUGGACACGAUACGCCAGUGCUAUGUGUAUCUCAAGUUUUGGUAAGCUCUUUGCUCUGCUGACAGUAAUUUGGGAAUAUCAUUGGACUUUUGUUUAUGUCAUUGGAGCGUUGGUAGCUGUAUCUAAUGGACUAGCACUGCAACUUUUACUAGGUGAAGGAGGCCCAGCUCAAGUCAAAUCACCAUAUAUUGUAGCUCUUGUCGUGCUUGGAGUAAUUGCCAAAAGUGCAACUCAGCUUACACUUUUCGCGUUGGGCAAUUCAGUACUUUUCCACGUACUUUUAUAG